GAGACACAAACACCAACCAGCUCUGUGACACACCACACUCUCUCUGCUUCGUCUUUGUCUUGAUCCCCCACUUGCUCUGCUUGUUCUGCUUGCUGUGUUGUUUGCGAGACAGCCAGGACGCGUACCCGACACAGAAAGACGGGCGCGAUGGUAUGCACCCGCAACAGAGGCCUGUACAAUGUGGUUGUACACGGCUUUGCCUUUAUGGCCCUCUUCACGGCCUUCCAGACGUCUGGAGGGUUCCAAACCACCGUGUUGAAGGAUAUCAUGGGCGAUAACCAACUGGGAACAGAGUCCCUGGCAAUCAUCUACGCCGUCUUUGCGCUGGGCAACUUCAUCUCCCCAAUUGUCGUCCAUUACAUUGGCGCCCGCCCAUCCAUGUUCCUGGGAGGUAUCGGGUAUGCGCUGUUCAUUGGAUCCAUCCUCACCCUCAACAAAGCGCUGAUUCUGUCGGCGUCUGCUCUUCUCGGUCUCUCCGCUGCCAUCAUCUGGACUGCCCAGGGCAACUACAUCACGGAGAACACGCUGCCAAACAACCGCGCACAGUACACGGGCAUCUUCUGGGCGCAGCUGCAGUCGUCCCUGCUCAUUGGCAACCUCAUGCUCUACUUCAUCGUCCACGGCGACACGGUUUCCCGUGAGACAGCCCUCUUCUUCUACCGCAUCUUGUUUGGUGUCGCAGUUGGUGGCACGCUCCUGUUCCUCCUCACCCGCAAACCCCCGCCAAAAAACAAGAACAACGAGGGCGUGCCCGCCGUCAACUCCGAUGCUGAUUCCUCCAGGAAUGAACGCGAGACUGUGAAGAGCGUUGCCUCCAUCUUCAAGUCGACCUUCCGCCUGCUCGUUGAAGCGGAUAUGGUGAUGCUCAGCGUCGCCAUCAUGUACUCCGGCGCGGCGCUGACCUACUGGUCCGGGGUGUACCCGACACUCAUUGGCGAUACGUUCCAGCCAAAGGACAUUGGCCUGUCUGGGAUCAUCGUCGGAUGCGCUGAAAUCCUCGGUGGAAUCACGCUCGGGCGACUUGGAAAGGCAACCUCAAACUCAUGGGUGGUGAUUGUGGGGCUGUUUGCCCACGCCGCCGCCUAUUUUCUCAUCUACUUCAACUACAGGAGCAACACCAUCGAUCCACAUCCACCAAGGAUGGCAUGA